AUGUCCUCCCUAACAACAGCCUUCCUCGUCGCCGCCCACAACGACGCCCUCGCCGCCCAAUGGCGUGCCCAAAACGUCCUCAUGCACGCCUACGCCAGCAUGCAGGGCGCCAAUAAACGCGGCGGUGCAGAAGGGAUCGCCUGGGCUCGGCGGAAGCUGGACGAGGCUCUGUCAACGACGUAUCUGGCGGAUCAUGAAGUUGCGUAUGCGAAGCGCCGUUUGGAGGAGGAGGAGGAGGAGGGGGGAGAGGAGUAG